AAUAUAAGCAUGAUUAGUCAGACUAUUUUAAUCUUGAAAGUUUAAAUCUAAAAUCCAUAUCCCCGCAAUUUCUUUGAAGUCAGGUCUGUGUUCUCAAAAUCCCUUGCCUCAAUCUCGUCGUACUCAUCCUGGGAGAUGGCUUCCGGCCUCCUUUGCGAGGAGCGAGAGGAGUUGGGAUCCGGCGGGAAGGUUAUCCGCGGCCGCCGCCGGUUACUACCGUCGUUCUCGCCUUACAGCCGACCGCCAUCCUCUACGGCGCUGAUACCACAUCGAGUGCCAGAAGCGCAAACCGGAAGAAGUCUUGGUUGGCUCAGGGGUCUCAUUUCCGGCUUCGGAAAGUUGUUCUUGUCCGUCCUAGGCCCUGAAAACCGCAGUCCGUCCCCGUCGGAGUGCUAUUCCAAUUCCGACGAGUACUCCGACUAUGAUCCCAAUGAGCAUGAGGAUCAAUUGCGCUCUGAUGAUUUAGCCGCCUUUAAAAUUAGAGAAUGUGAGGCAGAUAUAAAUAUGGAGGCACUAGCCAUUAUUCCAAAAAGCGAAACAAAGCUUGUUAUUGAGCAGUUGCUUAUGCAGGAGACUUUUACGAGAGACGAAUGCAACAAACUGGUUGAGAUAAUUCAAUCACGGGUACCAUACACAAAUUCUAUAGAAAUCGGUGAGGGAACGCAAAAUGCGGCGCCAAAUUUGAACCAUGACAGGAAUCUCUAUGGAAUAUCCAAUUUCUCUUCCAGAAGUUUAUCUCCCUUUUCUCCACGAUUUUAUACCCAGGAAGCAGUUUUUUCUGAUCUUCGCAACAAAGCUGUUAUGGAGGCAAAGAAAUGGUUUGAAGAGAAAAAACUGUCUCCUAGUUCUACAUAUGAUCAAAGUUAUGGGACUUCCAUUUCGAACACGCUCAUGAAUCAAAUUCCUUUGGAGGAAGAUGUUGGUUCACCAAUUGAGAUGGCUAAAUCUUACAUGCAAUCGUUGCCUCCAUGGAGAUCUCCUUCCUUCAGCACCAAUGGCCUUAUGACGACACCUUCACGUUUGAGUAGUGCCGGCAAUUUUGGAAGUCAUUUGAUUUCUACAUCAGAGCUUAAGAAAAGGGAUUACCUUGCCAUUGGAUCUUCUAACUUGGAAGAAAAUCAAAGGACUUAUCUGAAUUCAUUGGAUAAUGAACAAGCGUUUUCUAAGUUGGAUCAUUCUAAGUUACUCUCCAGGCUUUCUGUACAUGAAGCUUCUACAAUACCAUCUGCAGUUGAAAAAUGUUUCAAUGAAGUUCAAGAUGGAAAUGCUGCUGGGCCUGACCAAUUGAUGGAGGCAGAUACUAGCAUUUCUGUAGGAGCCAUUUUGCAACCCCAAGAUGUAUUUAAAGAGUCACUGGAGGCACCCAAGAAUGAUGAAAUGACUUUGCCAUCCGAAGAGCAGAUUGGCGGUAUUUCAGCUCCGGAGGAUUCUCUUGUUUUUGCUUCAAUAGCUGACAAGAAUAAUGGAGAUGUGAUUCCAGAAAAUGAGACUUUACAGCUUGAGAGUAUUACCCCUGCAGAACCAAGCAUAACUAAAAACUCUGGUGACCAAGUGGAGUUCCAGGCCAUCAAUUCUAUGCAAGUGGAUCUUGAUGCUGCUUUUAACAAUCCUCACCCAACCACUGAGCCCCCAAAUGGGAAUCCUCAAAUCCAGGAAGAACCAGUUGGACCAUCAGAAAAAUUCGAAACCAGCAGCAAUUUGGCAGAAAUGAGCAAGGGAGAUCCAACUACGACCAGCGCAAGCUAUGGCGGUGGUCCUGCAGCGAGUUUCUCAGAGGGUGACCUCGAACCGACGAGCGAUGUUUCCAUUGGCAUCCGUAGAACUCGAGCCAGCAGAAAUGCCAGCAAGGUUAAACCUGUUGAGCCAAUGCUUACCGACCCUCCUGAGCCGAGCAGAGGCAAGAAGCGCAAAGCUAAAAAGGUUGUUAAGCAAAAGAAAUGGAGGGGCUGAGAGAUGACCUCAUAACCCUACUAAUUUAAUUUUAUUUGUCAGCUUAGGAAGUCUAACUUGUGACAAUAUUUAUGUGGUUCCCAUUGUUUGGAUGUUGGAUGAAAGACAUUUAGUCGAUGUACAUUGUUGGGAUGGGAAUAGUUGAUCACAUAAUUGUAGUUGUCUUGUA